AAGAUGAAAUCCAUAUGAGAUAUAAGAACUUUCUAAAAUGACAUUAGGAUUUUCCAUCAUCGUUGUGCAAUACAAGAUAAGAAAUGAUUUCUAAACAAUUUCAUUAAAACAAUUAUAACAGAAGGUCGGAUUAAAACGAAGUUCUCGAAGAUAAGAUAGGCAUCAAAGUUGCAUUAUGAGCAUUCAAAAUGAAAGUCUGCCAUGCUAAUGGUUGAGGGUGAAGUGGAUUUUCCGCGACGAUUAAGAAAUUUACGGACAUUCUAACAUACACAAUACUACGUCGUGUAGAACACAGUGACGGUGGGCAAAGGCAACAGCAGGGAAGAGGCACACUUCCCCUCUCCAUUCACCUCAUCGCCAGUAGUCCUGGUUGGCUAUAGCCCAGAGUUCGGCGUCACAGUCAAACGCAAACAGUGGCCGCUGAGAAACAGAUCGCGGCACGAAUGCUCGAAAAAGUAACAACGAGUACACUGCGACACGGCACGCAAUCGUGCCUCGGUCCCGAUCGACGACUACCGGCAGCUCUGUGUCACCGCUUCCGAGGCAUCGCGACUUUACCACGAUUUUCGCACGGAUUCAUCGAUCCGCUGAUCGAGCAACCGGUGGGGCAACGAACGAACGAAACUUUCGACUUCGUCGCAUGACGGAGAACACAAUUCUUCCAAGAGAGAAUGAUCACUUCUCUAUUAAUCGCUGAUGUGACAAAAAGUAUUAAUUAAACCAGAUGAAGCGACUCUGAAUGCGCGCGGAAAAAUUGAAAACUGCUGCCAGAUGAUUUACUUGAUUUAUCUCUGUGAAUAAGUGUUCGAUUUUGUUAAAUCGAUUUCAAUCUUUGAAGUGCAGUGAACAAGUGUCAAAAUGGGAGUGAAAAAGUUUAUCAUGAAAAGGAUACCCUUUUGCAAGAUGAAGACAAAGAGGAAAUAUCAUGGAACGAAUACGGCCACACCGGUGCAGAACAACGCGCAACCGGAGCAGGCAGGGGGUGACUUCGACAACGCGAGCGUCGGUAGUGGAAACUCGAAUCUCAGCACCGGCGCGCUACAGAACAUCAGAGAGCAAAUGGCAGCUUCGUUGGAACGAAUGAGGGAGUUGGAAGAACAGGUCAAGGCGAUUCCCAUGUUGCAGGUGCAAGUGUCGGUGCUGAAAGAGGAGAAGCGGAAUUUGCUGCGACAAGUUGAAGAGCUUAGGAAGACGAACCUGUGCAAUGAGGCAGGGUUGCAUAGGUACCGGAGCCAGUCUUUCUCAGAACAACGUGGCACCCAGCGAAAUCCGAGGAAUCCCACGCCGACCAGAGACAUGGGAACGAUGUGCGGCGUAAUGACCAGGGAUGUCGGCGUUUCGCACCAACAGGUGCGAACACGAGAUAUCGGCAUGAUAACCAGUACUCCUAUAAAACAAUCAUUGCAACGGAGUCGAUUGCAGAUCGAAGAAAUAGUACCUGAAAUCAAAGACCAGUGCUCCUUGUUCGACGAUAGGACACCGUCGAGCUUUGACAAGCUCUACUCGAGCGAUUCUCGCGACAGUUGGAGGCCGACGUUGACCCGUAGCCAACUGAUGUACGAGGAAAUCGCGCCGGAAACAAAGACGAUGCGAAAUCGUUUGAAGAGGGGCCCACUUCAAGUAGAAUCGAUACCACCGAUCAGUCCGAAAUUGGUGAAAGACGCGAAGAAAUUUCGCGACCUCGGGGUAAACACGAGAAACAGGCUGAAAGAUUUGGUCCACAGCCAAUUUAUAAUCGAGGACAUACCACCGGAAGUGAAGAAGGAAAUUAAGAAACGAUCCACUGGAACCGUGACCGGCUUGAACAUGAAAGACGUGUUAACGAAGGACGACGUCGCAGUCAUCGUCGACGACGCUCUCAGGAUUUAUAAGAAUACUCUGAUCAAGGAUACUGUUUCGAGGGGUUGUCAGUGCACACCGGAUCCGCCGAGGGCGAUCGAGAAGAGGGAUCAGUUCACGCAGGUGGCGGAACCGUUUAAAAUGCGGACGAACGUGGGGGUGACUGUGAAACCGCGGGUGUCUGAGAUCGGAAUCGAGGUCAGAACCGGUCCGGGGACGAGGACCAUCGGCGUCGGCCCGGAUCCGAUAACCACCCAGUCUUUAUCCUUGCUCUCGUUGAACUCAAGGAGUCACUCGUUCAAUUACGGUGACACGAAGGUGAAAAGGAAAAGCACGAGGUCGGUCAGUGUGAUGGUGGACGAUUUGGUAAGGACCACCACGAAGAGCACCGACACUUCCGGUUUAACGCCAAAGAAACGCGAGUUCGGCACGUCGCCGAUACGAAAGAAAUUUACAGACGUCUCGGUCGGUGAGUCGAUCAGACCGCACAUCUCCAUCUCCUGCGCAGCGAACUAUUGCGAUAACUGUAAAGAGACUAUAAAGAAUCUGGCGAAGCAGAUCGUAAACAACGCCGAGAACAAUAUGAAUCAUCAGAACGCUCAGAAUCUCGUCUCGAGAAUACCAAGACCUUCGCAUAUACCGUUGAACAAUUCAGUCGAUCACAGGAAGCAGUUUAAGCGACAGGAUACCUACACGAAGAUACCGGCUGCCGGGGUGAUAAGAUACGAUACUGAUAACAAGGAGCAAUAUGAGAACAGCAUUCGUAUCCAACAGUUGCAAAGGGAGAAGAGUAAGGAUGAGAAGUCGGAGGAAUUAUACAGCACGGAAAAGCAGGCAGACAGCGAAGAGAAACACGAGCUGCCGGAAUCCGCUCUGUUUCAACCUAUCCAAGAAAAGCCCAGAAAAAAAGUUGAACCUUCGAAGGAGAUGCAAGCCGCCAUGAAGGUGCUCAACGACAACCUUAAGAAAUCACCCAGCAAAAACAUCUCCCAUCAAAUGAAAAACGCUGUCAAUAUCAUUCAAUUAGAAUGGUUCAAAAUCUCGAGCACGGCGAAUGCUAAUCCGUUAGAGGUAGAAGAUUAUCUAGAUUGCUUCGAAGAAUGUUCCAGUACUCUUCUAGAGUACAUCGUCAACAUGACUGACUCUAGCGGGAAUACAGCGAUGCAUUACGCAGUUUCCCACGGGAAUUUCGACGUAGUAUCCAUACUUCUAGAUUCAAAAGUUUGCGAUAUUAAUAAGGCAAAUGCUGCUGGUUACACGGCUGUGAUGUUAGCAGCUCUUGCCGAGGUCAGAAACUCCACUCACGCCUCGGUAGCUAACAGGUUGUUCCAGCUUGCUGACGUUAAUAUUCGAGCAAAAUUGCAUGGUCAGACUGCCCUGAUGUUGGCGGUAUCCCAUGGUCGAAAAGACAUGACUCAGUUGCUUCUGGAUGCCGGCGCCGCGGUUAAUAUUCAGGACGAGGAUGGCAGUACGGCUUUAAUGUGCGCGGCCGAACACGGACACACGGACAUCGUGCGAUUGUUACUCGCGCAUCCAGACUGUGAUCCAUCGAUCGUCGAUGUAGAUGGUAGUUCCGCUCUGAAAAUCGCGUUAGAAGCGGGCAAUCGGGAUAUCGGCGUGUUACUUUACGCCCACGAGCGUGUGAACAGAGGAACAAGUCCGUAUUCCUCGAUGAGACGAAGUAGGAGAGGCUCGAAACCGACCACCCCAACCGGACCUUCACCUUCAGCCCCAGUAAGCCCAGCUCCAUCCCGAAGAUUUCAUUCAUCAACCGUUUCCCUGAACACCUCUAAAUAUUCAGCUAAAUAAUUUGAGAGAUCAUUUAAAAUCUUUUUUCUUUUUAUUAAUAUUUUACCCAUUCGGAAACAAUUUGCAUUAUGGUAAUCGACGGUAUCAUACGAAUAAGCAAUAGGCGUCUCGUAUUUCCUAUAUUUAUUACUAAUGUAUUUUAGUAUUUAUCGUCGGUCCACGAUAUCUUAAUUAAGGUGUUUAUUUGAUAAGGUGAACGUUCUUGCCUAACGAUUGAUCAGUCCCGAUACAUUUAAUUUAAGACGUCUAUUUAACUGCUCAACUUUGUGUACAAUUACAUAUUCGAAGGGAGUUUGAAGAUACUGUUUUGUAAAGUUAGUCUUAGUAGGAAGAGCGUGAGUGAAACGAACCGUUUUUCAUCGUUAGUCGAUAGAAAGCAUUUGUAUAAAGUUCAGAAAUACUUUCUGGGUGCUAUCGAAAUGAAAAUAAUCCAUUCUUAUUGUUGAUAAAUUUUAUACGACGUCUCGAGAAAGAAAAAUGAAACGGUGAUCGUCAAACGAUCGUAAACUUCAAAAUUCGUUUUUUAAACUUAGAAACUGUGAAAGUACAAAAGGAAGUUUUUACAUUGUAGAAAUGAAUCACAGCACAGGAAUCGAGUAAUGUCUUCCAACAUCUUAUGGCACAAAACAUUCCAAAAAAAAAAAGAAAGAAAUCAAGAACUGAUCCAAAUUUCUUAACAAUUCUUAUACCUACUUCAUAGCAUGUUCAAGGCCUAAUUUUCAUUUAAUUCUGGGGAUCAAACUAUCGACAGCAUGUGCGCAAAUGCGAAUAUUUUCUUUCGCAAUUAAUGUCACAUUUCUAUACGAAAUGAAGAAAAAAAACUUUCGUAGAACCUAUGAAUGGUCGUUCGAUGUUGAAGUAGAAAUGUUAUAAAUGUGAAAAUAUAUAGAUGAAUAUGAUAGAUGGAUCAAAUGUCGAAGAGGGAAAUUCUCUGAGUUUAAUGAUUGUUGAAAUUUUUGUCAGGGUACAUACAAUACAUACAAUAUAUACAUUACAUGCAUAUUUAUAUAAAACGAAAUAUAAAAAUGUAAUAUCAUUUCAUUCCUCGUUUAUGUGUGUUACCUUCGUGUUAGGAAUUGGAUGUUUAUGAAUUAUCUUCGAGUUGUAUAUUUUCUUAUAUAGGGUUGUGAAUAUAUUUAGAAAUAACGAAUCUAUUUAAGUUCAGCAUCAAAGAUCUAAGUUAACGUCAUAAUGAGUAUUUUUAGUAUUAAGAAUUUGUAUUUAACGUUAAAUGACAUCUACGAAGGUAGUACUGGUAUGAAGUAUAAAUAGACAUGAGGGUAUCUAGAAAGUAGAUGACUACUUUUCAUUGUUUGUGCCUUUAUAUUUAACAUACAUACUGUAAUUAAUAAUAAACUUGACACGAAACAUUAAA